AUCUAUCGUCAGAAAUAAAUUAAAAGAGGCUCCCCUCUGUGUUUCCGCGUCUGGAAACUAAACCCCUAUUAGAUUGGGAAAGUGCAAAACCUAAUUGCACGCGGAAUGAAAUCCUUAUUGCCCUCUCCCAAUCCAAUAGGGAUUUAAUCCCUCACCGACUCACCGUCUAUAUUAGGCACCCACCUCUUUCCUCAAUUCUCAUAUUCCCAUCAUCCCUUUCUCCCCCAAUUCUCUUUCCCCAAAUCCAAUUAGGGUUCCUAUUUUCACAUCCCCUGAAACAAUCAACACCCCAAAACCCACCAUGGAUCCCAAUCUCAACGUCCAUUCCGCUUCCUUCCAAGCCAAUCAAGCCCGCCGUCUUCCGAUCUCGGAGGCGGCGCCUAUCUACGAGCAGCUCCUUGCUGCCUUCCCGACCGCCGCGAAGUUCUGGACCCAAUACGCCGAGGCCCAGAUGGCGGCGAACAACGACGAGGCCACCAAGAACAUAUUCGCCAGGUGUUUGCUGAAAUGCCGCCACGUCCCUCUCUGGCAGGCCUACCUCAAUUUCGUCAAGAAAGUCAAUUCCAACAACGGCCUAGAGGGUAUUAAGGAAGCCUUUGAUUUCGCAAUCGAUUCUGUUGGGGAUGAUAUUGCGUCUGGCCCUGUGUGGUUGGACUACAUUAGCUUCUUGAAGGGUAGUAAUCAGAUUGUUUCGAUGAGGAAAGUGUACCAGAAGGCUGUUGUGAGUCCUAAUCAUAACCUGGACCAGAUUUGGAGCGAGUAUCAGAGCUUCGAAAGAACCUACAACAAGGACCUUGCGAAAAGCCUGCUGGCUGAGUUUUCCGGGAAGUUUAAUCGCGCCAAGAUUGUGUAUUGGGAGAGGAGGAAUGCGGUCAAGGACAUUGAUUUCAGCAUGCUUGCUGUGCCGCCGACUGGCUCUCCCAGGGAAGAAGGGCAGUGGAUGGCGUGGAAGAAGCUGUUGGCUUUUGAGAAGGAGAACAAACAGAUGAUAGAUGUUGCGUGGUGCAACAAGCGAAUUGUGUUGGUGUAUGAGCAGUGCCUGAUGUAUCUGUGCCAUUACCCUGAUAUGUGGUAUGAUUAUGCAAUGUGGCUUGUGAAUAGUGGUUCUGUGGAUGCUGCGGUGGAAGUGUUUAAGAGAGCUUUGACGGCUCUUCCUGAGUCAGAGAUGCUGAAGUAUGCGUAUGCGGAGCUGGAAGAAUCCAGGGGAGGAAACCAGGCUGCAAAGAAGAUAUAUGAGAGCCUUUUGGGAGAUGGUGGUGCUAGCACUACAUCAGGACUUGCUCAAAUUCAGUUUCUUCGAUUCUUAAGGAGGACUGAAGGUAUCGAAGCUGCUCGCAGCUACUUUUUAGAAGCUAGAAAAUCCCAGAAUUGUACUUAUAAUGUAUAUAUUGCUUAUGCCAAUAUUGCUGUGUGUCAAGAUAAAAAUAUGAAACUUGCACUUAAUGUUUUUGAGGCUGGGAUGAAACUGUUUUUGCAUGAGCCUGAGUACAUUCUUGAGUAUUUAGAUCUUUUGAUUCGCUUGAAUGAUGAUAUAAAUGCUAGAGCCUUGUUUGAGAGGGCAUUAUGCUCAUUGCCAACUGAGAAAUCGGUUGAGAUAUGGAACAGAUUUGUCAAGUUUGAGCAAAAUUAUGGAAACUUGACCAGUCUGUUGAAGGUUGAGCAAAGAAAAAAAGAAGCACUUUCUAGAAUAGGUGGUGAAGAGAAAUCUUCAUCUUCAGAAAGUUCAUUGCAGGAUGUUGUAUCACGAUAUACUUUCAGGAAUCUUUGUCCCUGCUCUGUGAAGGAUCUGGAUCAUUUAACCCGAGAAGAGUCCCUCUCUAGAAAUAUGAAUAGGAAGCUGGAUAGUGCCUCGACUGUUCCGACUGAAGCUAAACCAGCUGUGGUACCAGAUUCAUCAGUUCCAGUGUCUGCAAAAGUAGUUUAUCCAGCUACUAAUCAGACCAUGCCUACAACUGUGGUUCCAAACCCAGGGCUGCGAAGCCAAACACCCAUGGCUGGAAAUGUCCAAACCACAACGGGGCUUGUAGGUGGAGAUCCAAAGUUUGAUGAUGUACUACAUACCGCACCUGCUUUGGUAGCCUUCUUGACGAAUAUGCCGCAGCAAGUUGGGGGUCCAACCCCAGAUGUGGAUGUUGUGUUAUCAUUCAUUCUGCAAAGUGACAUACCAAUCAGCAGAAAAAGGAAAGCCGAUGGAAGGGAUGAUGAAGUCAAUCUCUUGCAGGAUCUCCCAGUAGAUGUUUUCAAGAUGCGGCAGUUGAAGAAGUAUCAGGGUUCUGGUUCUCAAUCAGGAUCUGCUUCCUAUGGGAGUUCUAGUUGUAGUUCAGGAGAUUACAGUGUAGUAACUCGAAACACUAUCUAAAUGUAAAUUGUUAAGUGAAUUCUCUUAUGUUGUUUCCUCACUUCCUGAUCGUUUGCAGAUCAGUCUCAUGUACAAAUACCAUUUACUCAAUAAAGAUUCUAUUUUUC